CGAAAAGCAUAAAAAAAAACUAUGAUCAAGAUGACAUACUAAUAGUUGAUAAUGUGUAUGAUUUGGAAGAUGAAGAAGCUAUAGAAAUAGUCUUUGAAAGACUAAUUCAAAAUACUUACAUUGUAAGUAAUGAAACAAAUAAUAUAAAUUUGAGUGAUGAUGAAAUAACAAAUGAUUCUCAAUCAGAUUAUGAAAAUAAAACUAAGAUUGAGAAAGAAUCAUUACAAUGGAAACAGAAGCUCCAAGAAAUGGAAGAAAGAAUACAAUAUUUAAUUAAUACUAGCAAAA